UUUUAUGUGUCAGUUUUUUUCUCAUCUUGUCAGUGACAAGUUAAUCAUAGUUUGCCUUUCAAUUUUUACUUUGAAAAUCAUUCACCUUUCAGCAAUUUGUUAAUUUUUUAAAGGGAAUUGAAUUUAAAUACAACAAAAAGUAUAAUCAUGAAUCCCAAUUCAACCGGUGACAUGGACAUAAUUAAUGCUUCCAGAGGUGUUUGGUUAGUUAAAGUACCAAAAUAUAUGGCAAACGAAUGGGAAACAGCUCCGGCCCGAAGUGAACUUGGUCGACUUAAGAUUAGCAAAGGUAACACUGGAAGACCAGAAAUUCUAUUCGAUUUAUCUGGUGAAGUAUUCGAACAAGCCAAUUCACAUAGAGCUGCUAGCGAUCCAAAGAUUCCUAAAGAGCAUCGAUUCAUAAUUAGUGACAUUUCUCAUCAACAUUUAGCUGUAUUUUCUUGUCCCAAAGAAGAUAAAUCCGGAACUAGUAGUAAACUUGUUUUAGAAGGGAAUGUUGUCCAAAAAGGUGAAUGUCGACCCAAAGCUGAUACCAAUUAUAUGAGAUUGAAAGCCAAACAAAUGGAAAUCGCCCGAAGGCCCAAUAAGAUGGUCCUCAAAUUAGAUCAAACACCAAUUAGUUAUUUACCAGUUAAUACUCGUCGAAUUGAGGUUGACGCUGAUUCUAAACGUAAAGGAGAUAAUAAAAAAUCACGAGAUGAGAAGGACAAAGUUCUUGAUAUGUUAUUCAAAGCAUUUGAAAAGCAUCAAUACUACACUAGUAAAGAUCUUGAGAAAAUUACUAAACAACCAAGCACUUAUUUGAAGACCAUAUUAAAGGAGAUUUGUGUCUACAACACUAAGAAUCCACAUAAAAAUAAAUGGGAAUUGAAACCAGAGUAUAGACAUUACGAUGAAGAAAAAGGAACCAAAAAGUGAUAUUGUUUUAGAGACUUAAAUUGAAUUAACAUUAAACAAAUUCUAUAUACUAUUAUGAUUAACUAACAUGAUAUUAAUGUUAGAUAUCAUGAUAACUCUGUUAAAUACCUGAUAUUUAUUUCUUGUUGAAUCAAUAGCAAUUAAUAUAACAUCUCACCUGUUUUCAUGAGAA